ACAAAGCCGUGAGUGCCGCGGGGACCGUACCGGCACCGGCACCGCCCCGAUGUGAGCGGGGCAUGGCCGCGGGACAUGGCCCGGGUCGGGCGGCGGUGGGCGCGCAGCGCCGGCGGUGAAGAUGGAGCCGCGUCUGCCUGGGACCGAGCCCCCGCUGCCCCGGGGGCCGGGACCCGGGCCCGAGCCGGAGCUGGAACCGGAGCUGGAACCGGAGCUGGAACCGGAGCCGGACCUGGACGUGCAGCGGGAACCGGAGCCGGAGCUGGAACCAGAGCCCGAGCCGGAGCCGGAGCUGGAACCGGAGCCGGAGCUGGAACCAGAACCGGAGCCGGAGCUGGAACCGGAGCCGGAGCUGGAACCGGAGCCGGAGCUGGAGCUGGAGCUGGAACCAGAACCGGAGCUGGAACCGGAGCCGGACCGGGAAGAGGAGCCGGAGCCGGAGCUGGAAGAGGAGGCGGACCUGGGCCCGGAGCCGGAGCUGGAUCUGGACCUCUGGGCACUUGAGGCCGCCGCCGCCGGCGCGGGGCCGCCGCCCUGGUGCCCGGGGCAGGCCGGGGGCAGCCCGGGGGGCCCCGCCGAGCCCCCGCCGGAGGAGGAGCCGCGCCUCCGCCCGGUCUUCGACGCCCUGGACCGCGACGGCGACGGGUUCGUGCGAGUGGAGGAGUUCGUGCAGUUCGCCACGGCCUACGGCGCCGAGCAGGUAAAGGACCUAACAAAAUACCUGGAUCCCAGUGGAUUGGGAGUUAUCAGCUUCGAAGAUUUCCAUCGGGGCAUCAGAGCCAUCAAAAAUGGAGACCCUGACAGCCAGCUGUAUGAUAUGGGAUAUACCCCCGAGGAGGAAGCCCCGGCCUGCCCCGAUGAGUUUGAUGACUUCGUCACGUUUGAGGCAAAUGAGGUGACUGACAGUGCCUACAUGGGCUCGGAGAGCACCUACAGCGAGUGCGAGACCUUCACGGAUGAGGACACCAGCACCCUGGUGCAGCACGAGAUGCACGACGAGGUGGAGACCGACAGCGCCAUCGACUCCACCGUGCACUCGGAAUUCACGGAUCCCAUCGAGGAGCCGGAGCAUGGGUCCCAUCCCCACGAGCUGGCCCUGGGCUCCGAGCUCAGCCACUCCAUCGUCACCGUCAUCAGCGGGGAGGAGCACUUCGAGGAUUACGGGGAGGGCAACGAGGCCGACCUGUUCCCCGAGCCUUUGUGUAAUGGGGAGAGCAGCUUUGGCAGCUCCUCCUUCCUCUCUCCCAGCACCAAUCCUCUCGCUGUCAAACUGCACAGCAUUCUCACAGAUGAAGCUUUUGAGUUUUACUGUAGCCAGUGCCACAAACAAAUCAACCGCCUCGAGGAUCUUUCUGCUCGCCUGAAUGAUCUUGAAAUGAAUAGUCCAAAUAAAAGACUUUCCAGCAAGAAGGUGGCAAGGCAGCUGCACCAGACCAGCUCGCUGGCCGUGGGGGUGAUGGAGGAGUCCUACCGGGACAACCUGGAGUGCAGCGACGAGGACAUCACAGACAAGGUGGUGUUCCUGGAGAAGCGGGUGACGGAGCUGGAGAAGGACACGGCUGCCAACGGGGAGCAGCACAGCCGCCUCCGCCAGGAGAACCUGCAGCUGGUGCACAGAGCAAACGCGCUCGAGGAGCAGCUGAAGGAGCAGGAGCUGAGGGCUGACCAGACCCUGCUGGAGGAGAUCAAGAAGCAGAGGGAGCUGCUCAGCAAAAUGGAGAGGGAGAAGAGCAUUGAGAUCGAGAACCUGCAGGCCAGGCUGCAGCAGCUGGAUGAUGAGAACAGUGAGCUGAGGUCCUGUGUCCCCUGCCUGAGAGCCAACAUCGAGAGGCUUGAGGAGGAGAAGCAGAAGCUGCUGGAUGAGAUUGAGGACCUCACUGUCCAGCUCACAGAGGAGCAGGAGAAAAAGAGGAAGAUGGGGGACAAGCUGAGUCAGGAGAGGCACCAGUUUCAGAAGGAGAAGGAGUCGACGCAGGAGCUCAUCGAGGACCUCAGGAAGCAGCUGGAGCACCUGCAGCUCUUCAAGCUGGAGGCGGAGCAGCGCAGGGGCCGGAGCAGCAGCAUGGGGCUGCAGGAAUACAACAGCAGGACACGGGAGACAGAGCUGGAGCAGGAGAUCAAGCAGCUCAAGCAGGAUAACAGGAACCUGAAGGAGCAGAACGAUGAGCUGAACGGGCAGAUCAUCAACCUGAGCAUCCAGGGAGCCAAGAACCUGUUCUCAGCCUCCUUCUCCGAGUCCCUGGCAGCAGAGAUCAGCUCUGUCUCCAGAGAUGAGCUGAUGGAAGCAAUCCAGAAGCAAGAGGAGAUCAACUACCGCCUGCAGGAUUACAUCGACAGGAUCAUCGUGGCCAUCAUGGAGACCAACCCCUCCAUCCUGGAAGUCAAGUAAUGCAGCCGGGAGGAUUUGGUGCUCUGAGAGGAUGAAGAGGGACUCCAAACGUCUUUGCACUUGAUGAAGGCACAGGGAAGCCUCAGGUCGGGGAGUGACUGAGCCACGGACCAGGGAAAAGGAGAACCAGCAGCCAGGCUUUGCUGUCUGACUCCGUUAUUUUGAAGCCCUCCCGGCUGUGGAGGCGUGAAAGGGAACCUGGAGAAGCAGCUCAGGAAAGGGACACUGCGGGAAGUGCCUGUGGCGCUGGGGACUGUCCCGACGGGCACCGCCCCUCCGAGGGAUGCGGGAUGGAGGUGGCAGCGACAGCGCUGGCACUGCCCUGCUGCCCUGCCCGGCCGAGCAUCGCUGUGCCAAAGUGUCCCUGACACACCCACCGGGCAGAGCUGGGAACCGGGGAAGCGCCUCCCGGACUCGCACAGGGCUGCGCUUUGGUUGUGGUUUGGGGUUUUGUUUUUUUUUUUUAAUUAACUUAAUGCAAAUGGCCUCAUCCAGCUGGCUCAGCCCAUCCUGCCCCGUGCUCCUGCUGGGUCGCAGAGCCUCGGUGGCCGCAGGGGCAGCCCGGGGCUGCGGGGACAGGUCAGCUCACUUGGUCACCUGCCUCCUUAUUUAUUUUUGCUGUCUGUGGCUCGGUACUGGCGGCACGUCUCGGCAUCCCGGCUCCGCUCCCUCCUGUCCUGCCGGGCUCUGCGGUGGCUCGGGGGGACUGUCCCUCGUCCCCAGCUGGGGACAGACACGGGGGGCGAGGCUGCAGCCCCUCACCCCGCGCUGGGGCCGCCUCUGCUGUCCUGGGUGGGACACGCAGCGCUUGGGGAGCUCCGCAGCUCCGCUCCCUCAGCCCUGGGGACAUGGGGACAGCGGCUUGUGGCGUUCCCAGGCGGAGCAGGGCUCUGCUGGUGACAGUGGCAGUCCUGGAGGGAGAGCCCGCUCCGGCCACCCUUCCCUUUCCCUUUCCCCUCCUGGGCUGGAGCUCAUUCCUCAUCCCUGGCGCUCCGGGCUGGAAUCUGUGCCCAUGGAGAGCACCAGCAGCUCCCCGGGAAACAAAAGCCAUGUUUACAGCAGACAGCUCCGAGCUGCUGGCACAGGGUGGCCCCGGGAGUGGCCGAUGUCCCCCCUGCCCCUCCGGGCUCCCGGGAGGAACCAGCGGAAUCCCCGGGAUCGGCUGGUUUUGGGAAUGCCAGAACGGGCUGGAAGCAGCAGCCGCAGCAAUCCCGGGGGUGCUGCUCCCCCCAGGCCCCCUCCAGCCCUCGGGGUGACCCUGCUGCCACCGCCCCAUCCCAGGGGACAGCGGCCAAACCACAGCCAGGGCACCUCUGGGGCUGAUCCCCAGAGCUCCUGCGGGGUCAGGGCGAACCCCAAACCCCAGGGCAGCUCCUGCACCCAUCCCUCCCUGCUCCCUCCCUGCCCCGAGGCCGCGGGAAGAAGCCACGUAAUGUACAUUUCCAGAGAAGCUUUGGGUGUAAAUCAGUGUAUACUUGGAGAGGGAAAAUUUUUCUAUCUUGUAGAGUAGGUAUUUUUAUAGAAUGAAGGUUGAUCCAUUUUUUUAAUACUUUAAAAGAAGAGAGAAAUGUAUCUGUGUAUACACAAAAGCAUAUAUAUAUAUAUAUAUGUAUAAAUAUAUAAAUAUUGGAGAUCUGCCUUUCUCGACUUGGGAUCCCGGAUCCCCAGGUCUCAAACAAUCGUUUGUUUUUUCCUGUCGCUCUCACAGAGGUACUGUAACUGUAAAUAAGCACCGGGAAAAAAGAGUUUUAAGCAAACAAAAAGCACUGACUUGCACAUUCACCAUGCUUUAAAGUCCCUAUGGAGAGAGAAAAACAAAACAAAAACUGUACAUCCUGAAAAUGUUCCUCUUUCCCGACCAGUAUGUGAAGGAAGUCCCCCAAAAAAGAGGCAACAACGGUAUUGUCUUAACUGAUGUAUCAAUUCUUGUCGGAUUAAAAGCUGUUACUAUUCCUGC